AUUCCGUUCCGAUUAUUAUUAAUUUAUAGCUUUAUCACACAGCAGGUUGCAGUACAUCUGUUCGUCGUUUCUUUUCUUUUUUCUUUCUUUCUUUCUUUCUUUCUUUCUUUUUUCUUUUUUGCAAACUGUAGCCUUUUUUUAUCCGGCCCUUUUAUCAAUGACACGGACUCACUAUGCAAACAUCAUGAAAUAAUUCCAUUGCACGAAGGAAGUAGAGCCGGGAAAGACAGAAUGAAGUUACAAAUCUCCGGUCUUUUGCUUGUAAUAGCAGUAACCAAUGCAGCGAUUGAGGCUCCUGAGGAGUUUCUCUCAUUGGCUGAGAUGGAGGACACUUUGUUGAGGAAUCUUUUUCGGGGGUAUCAGAAGUGGGUGAGGCCUGUUCUCCAUGCCAAUGACACCAUCACUGUUCGCUUCGGGCUGAAGAUUUCACAGCUGGUGGAUGUGGAUGAAAAGAAUCAGCUAAUGACCACUAAUAUCUGGUUGUGGCAGGAGUGGACAGACUAUAAACUUAGGUGGAACCCGGAAGAUUAUGGUGGAAUUACAUCUAUCAGAGUGCCCUCAGAAACUAUCUGGCUACCAGACAUAGUCCUAUAUGAGAAUGCUGAUGGCCGAUUUGAAGGUUCUCUAAUGACCAAAGCCAUUGUGAGGUUUAACGGUACCAUCAUGUGGACUCCUCCAGCCAGCUAUAAGUCCUCCUGUACCAUGGAUGUCACCUUUUUCCCUUUUGACAGGCAGAACUGCUCAAUGAAGUUUGGAUCCUGGACAUACGAUGGCACUAUGGUGGAUCUGACACUUCUAGACCCAUACGUAGACCGUAAAGACUUCUUUGACAAUGGCGAAUGGGAAAUACUCAACGCAACCGGCCAGAGGGGCAGUCGCCAUGAUGGCAUCUACUCCUAUCCUUAUGUUACAUAUUCAUUCAUACUGAAACGACUCCCUCUCUUUUACACACUCUUUCUCAUUAUUCCAUGUCUCGGCCUAUCGUUUCUCACCGUGCUUGUCUUCUACCUUCCUUCGGAUGAAGGAGAAAAGCUUUCGCUUUCCACCUCCGUCCUUGUGUCUCUUACUGUGUUUCUUCUUGUUAUUGAAGAUAUAAUCCCAUCUUCCUCUAAGGUCAUCCCUCUGAUAGGAGAGUACCUCCUUUUCAUCAUGAUAUUUGUCACGUUCUCAAUCAUUGUUACUGUUUUUGUCAUCAACGUCCAUCACCGUUCCUCUGCCACAUACCACCCCAUGGCACCAUGGGUUAAGAGCCUUUUUCUCCAGAGGUUACCCAGACUGCUCUGUAUGAGAGGGCACACAGAUCGUUAUCAAUACCCUGACAUCGAGCUACGGAGCCCAGAGCUAAAACGAGGAAUGAAAAGAGGGCAACAGAAGGGUGCUGGAGGUGGAAGAGGGGGAAUAAAGGAAGAUGAGAGCCAGGCCUGGAUUGCCCUGUUGGAGAAAGCUACACAUUCAGUCCACUACAUUUCCAGACAUAUCAAGAAGGAACACUUCAUCAGAGAGGUGGUUCAGGACUGGAAGUUUGUUGCUCAGGUGUUGGACCGGAUCUUCUUAUGGGUCUUUCUCACUGUUUCUGUGCUUGGGACCGUCCUCAUCUUCACCCCGGCUCUGCAGAUGUACCUCAGCACAUCUUAAAAUCACACAAGAUUUCAACCUACUCCCUCAAAAACAUUCUUACAACUUACAGCUCCUCUCAAAUAUAUAACAUUCCCACAUUACAGUAAUCCAUCUAAAGUGUCCUCAUCUGACCUAGCCAGAUUUGUAAUCCUUUCUGAAUUGAACUUCUAUCUCUGCCUCCUAAAUCCUUCUCAAUGCUGUGCUCAGACUGACAAAAACUCAGCUAAAUUAAGGUUUAGGAAUUUUCUGCCCAUUUCACACAAGAGGCAGCUUUAGAUUUGUGGAGUUUGGAUCUGUGUAGACUCUUUUAGGGGAUUACUCUUUUAAAGAUCUUCAAUAAUUUGAUGGAUCUAAGUACUCUGAUUUAAAAGGUGUUACACUGCUUAGGCCUCUUAUUUUGCAUUUAGACCCACCAACAGUGUGAACAAUUGUCUGAUUUAAGGUUUCCUCAUUGCAGUAGUUAAAGGUUUAGUUCACCCAAAUGAAAAUUGUCUGUCAUAAUUUGCUCACCCUCAUGUUGUUUCAAACUUGCAUGACUUUCUUUCUUAUGUGGAACACAAAAGGAGAUGUUUUAACCCUUAUGUUGUGUUACGUUC